CUUCAGACAACUCGGACAAUGAGGGUAAUCCACAAGUACAAUCUUCCGCAAAUUUAAAAUUGAAUCAGUCUACGCCAAGCGUUGUGAAACAUUCAACUGCACAACAUGAAGAAGACAUGAUUGCCGAGGAAGAUGAGUAUUUUCUGAGAGCCUCCAUUUUACUUCUGAAAGGAGGGCGAUUGAUGUCAAAAGAAACUUUGUACAAAGAACUACGAAAGGCUGGGGGAAAUCUUGAUGUACUUCUAAAAAAUCACGAAACAAAAUUCAGGCACAUAUUUGUAAAGAAACAGAGGGAGAAAUUGUUUCCAGAUGCUGGAGUAACCGACGUAGAAACAUGGGAUUUAGCCAUGCUUACAACGGUGUCACUGACGGUUUUUAAUCAGUCACUUAACGACGAUGAGAAAAAGGGCUUAAAGUCUUUAAAAUUUAUGAGAGAUACGAUUUACGCUCAUACUUGUUCUUCGUCGCUAAGUGCCGGUCAAUACGAAGAAAUCCGGAAAGAAUUGCAAAAUGCACUCACUUCACUGUCGAAUCGGUUAAGCGAAAAGCUCAAAGACGACUGUUAUAAAAUCAUUCAGGAAUGCACAACUGGCCCUAUCAGCCCAUCAUUAAAAGCAGAACUUACGAAACAGAUAGAAGAUACAGAAGACUUGAUGCAGGCUGUAAUGAACAAAUUAAGAAACCAGCACGAAUUUAUUUUUGAAAUGAAAAAAGACAUAAUGGACAAAUUAAACAAAAUCAGUGUGACUGAAGACCGAAGUGAAAAGAUUAUAAAAGUGAUAGAUAUCGAGCUAAAGUUGAGUGGAGCUGUAAAUGAAAGCAAGGAUAUAGACUUUGCUGAAGGAAUCAUCACAAGGGUUAUUAAUAAAGCAAUAAAGAAAGUCGGAAACGAAAAUGACUAUCCGAGAAUUCGCAGAGUUGUUGACAAGAUUCUUAAAGACAUUGAAAACAUGUCUGAUGUGGAAAUACUACUAGCAGAACACAAGUGCAUCCUUCUUAAAUUUAGAUGUACAACUUAUAUAGGUAUAUUAAACAUCCUGAAGUAUUUGGAGAGCAGAAGCUUCCUGGAUUCUCUAAAUGAUCUUGCCCUUGCACUGAGUUCCGCUAUUCCUGAUGUGAGCCACCCAUUUAGACUUGAUGCGACAGUUACAUUAGAAUGUAUGAAGGACCUGCUAGAUGAACUAAGAGCGAAAACAAUGGAAAAUAAGAAGUAUGAACGCACGAUACGAGUGCCGAUAAAGGUUGAAUCAGUACAAGGAAUUGAACACAUAUGGUCGCUGUUUGAAACUGGCGGAGCUUCAAAUAAAUUGAAUGAAUUAUCAGAAGCUGUAUCCGAUGAGUUAAAUACAAAAGUAACAGUUACACCUUCUGUAAAUUUAAAGCAGGUACAGGCAGCCAUUAAGGAAGCAGCGAGGUUGACAAUACUCCCUGACAACCAGUCUAAAGGUUUUGAUAGUUCUAUUGCCGGCCGAGGUGACAAUACCCCCUUACAACCUGUCUAUAGGUUGUGA